AUGGCGAUGGCCGUGGCCGAGAAUGGGCGUCUAUCGCAGCCAAUGUGUGUUGCUGCUUAUGAGGACCUCAUCCGCAAAGACGGUGCAUUCCGGAGGUUCGUCAAGAAGAUAAGAGGCAAGAAGGAGAAGCGCAAUUGCUUCCACUGCAGUACGCCGACAACACAGGGCCCGCUCUAUGGCGUCAUCAUAUGCCCCGCUUGCCAGAAAAAGGCCGGGCCAUGGGCAAGAUCGGCUAAACCGUGUUGCCAGCGUAUGAAGGGAUGUGAGGAUUUGGCCGUUUAUGUUGACGACAUCGGUUUUGCCGAGGCCGAAUUGGACGCGUACACGCGUAUUCUUGAGGUGUUGCGCGGCCGGUCUUGCUGGUACUGUCAGAUCGUCGCCACGCCGCUCGCCCGUGCUGUGAGGGACUGGAAGGGCCAACAAGAGCCUGGCAAAACCAGCGGCGCCAAACGGGCUGCUGCCCCCGUCGCCACAAACAUCAUUGGAAUGCUGAUGCGUAUGAAGGGAUGUGAGGAUUUGGCCGUCUACGUUGACGACGUCGGCUUCGGCGAGGCUGAAAUCGAGGCGUACACGCACAUUCUUGAAGUGUUGCGAGGCCACGCUUGUUGGUACUGCAAGAUCGUUGGGACCCCGCUGGCCAGAGCCCUGAACGACUGGAGGAGCCAACAAGCACCUGGGAAGACCCGCGGCGCCAAACGGGCCGCUGCCCCCGUCGCCACAAACAUCAUUGGAAUGCUGAUGGUGUUCUUGCUGCUCGGAAUGUCGACUGCAACCUCCAGCCAUGGGCAAGAUCGGCUAAACCGUGUUGCCAGCAAACAAAGGGAUGUGUGGAUCUGGCAGUCUACACCGACGACCUGGUUCGGCGAAGCAGAAAUCGACGCCUACACCCAUAUUCUGGAGGUGUUGCGGGAUCGUGCCUGUUGGUACUGUGAGCUAGUCGGGACGCCGCUGGCCCGUGCGUUGAGCGAC